AUGCAACAACAACAGAAAAGAUUUCAAACAUCGUCAUCGGACGAUUCCUUAUCUCGAGUGUUCAUCCAUAGUGCUGAACAAACGAGUCAACAUACUUUACCGCUUAGUAUUACACCUUUAACACCUGCGACAGUACGACGUACCAGUGAAACACAAACAGCUGAGAAGAACUCAACACCAAAAUCUGCUCCGUCGUUUGCCGAAACUCAGCUUUUAUCUGUUUACUACCCAAGUUUAGACCCAAAGAACCCUUCAACAAACGACAAAUGCAUAUUUGUUGAACAGCAAGAUCGACAACCGAUACGUUAUCGUGCUGCAUAUGAUCCCUUAUCGUCGUCAAGGUCGACGCAAACUUCCCCAUCUUUAUCAACCUAUGGUUCAACAUUGAUUAUCGAUCGAAACCAAAGUACAGAUGUUAAAUACGACCAACAUGUGAAAAUUCAUUCCGGCAGUCAGAACCUGCCAGAUACUAUUCAUGAUAAAAAUGCCCUGCCUAGCGAACUGCUCGAAGAAUCGAAAUACUCAUACGAAGAAUACAUAGUACAUGUCGAAAGGGAACACAAUCGAACACCUUCAUCCUCGUCAUCAUCAGUGACAACGGUUAUUGCACAAAAUGGGGAAGUUGACUCUGAUCGUACGUCGAACUUGAGUUUUGAUGUUAAAAACAAUUCAAAAUUAGUUACAAGUACACCAAUCAAAGAAGAAAAUAAACGAGUAUCUAGUUGGCCACCUGUACCAGAUGAUAUCAUAUCAUUGGAUGUUCAGUAUGAGAACGACGAAGCGAAACGUUCAGGACGUGUGCAGUUCGCUGAACAACUAAUUCACGUUAUACCACCAUCGACAACAACUAGUUUAAGUGAUGAGUCAAUAACGCCACCUGCAAUCAUCCCACGAACAAAUAUUAAAGAGCAAACGAAAUCAGUCAAUACUGAUCCUCAACCUGUUGAAGAUCAACUGCAAAGACAAGAUUAUCGACCUAUGAAUCAAUCGAAGUGGGUUAAAACACAGUUGGAUCAGUCCGAGACGCAAACAAAUACGACAUCGCAUCGAGUCGAUACCUUACGUUCAAUGUUCGAGCGACAGAAUUCGCGCUCAUCGGAUUCAUCAACAAUCAGCAGUCCAACUAGUCAAAGUCGACGAAAAGAACCUGAUGAACGGCCAUCACGUCAAGGAGACGAGAUCCGAUUUCGUGUUAAAGAUAAGAAUUCGUCCGGCAUUCAUCACGCUGAACCAGCCAAAAUUAUUCAAUACACAAUAACUCCAUCGGCAAUUAACAACCAAUUGGAUUUACUUCCACUACAUCAAAUACGUCAGAUUACUGGUAAACAAUUGAAAAGCCUUGACGAUGCCGGACAUUAUUUACAGGAUGGUUAUACUUGGCAAUGGAAUGAAAUCUUUUGGUUAAGUUUAACAACGUCUCAGCGUGAUCAAUUGAAAGAGCUCGAACGUCAAUUAACUAUUCGUCCACGUAGCGCCGAACAGACAUUAGCUUCAAACGAUUCCGAACUCUCAUCAGUAUCAUCCAAUGAAACAAAACGUUACAAAUCAACUAUUAAUAUAACUGCAGCUGGUUCGUGGCAACUACAAAAGCCAACAGCAGCUCCCUCGGGGAUAACGAAGUAUACAGAAACGAGUACUAUACAUGAAAGUCAGCCGACAGUAAGCGUCUUCGGCUCAGCACCGAAUUCGACUUCAUCGAAAGUUGGCUCGCAAGAAUCGAUUACUUCUUCAAGUGCUCAACAGCAAGUAUUGGCAUCGAAUAAGCGAACUGAUAGUCAACUUACAAUUAUCGAGUCGGGUUAUGGUUCAGCAGAUGAUCAACAACGUUUUAGACCGAACUCCAGCACAAUCAUCGAAGAACCGCCUGCUGCACAACAGGUUGGCAACAAUAUUCGAACGAAUCUGCCGCCAAAACAACCGAAAUUAGAUCCAUUAAGCUAUGAACAAUUCGUCAAUGAUUAUCUAUCAACUUAUGCGAGAUCAACACGUUCGACCGACGGAACAUUACUUCUUUCCAUUGAUGAUCAGCAGAUUCAUCUUCCACACAUUCGGUUUUCUUCGUCGAACCAAACAAUCAUUCAUUCCGAUGCUAUCGACAAAGCUCUUUCACCAUUCGAAACUGAAUCCAAUGAGUUAGUUAUAUUCGUCUAUGGAACAAUUAUUAACAUUCCAGCUGAUCGAUGGCUCAUCCAUCGUAAUAAAUAUAGUCACACUCGAUGGGUUCAGAACUUAAAGCGUGUCAAUCGAAAUCUUCCGCUAAAGGUCAUACCCUUCAUCGAUCAAUGGCUUUUGAACCAUAGCACGCUCUCUAUUGACACCCAUGAACUUAACAUCGAUGGAUUAAUCAUUCCAUAUCUCGACCGACUAGAUUCACAUCAGAUUCGACAAUUUCAAACCAAUUCAUCGAAUGAAACGUUCAACUAUCUAAUGCGAACGGGUUUUAUCUCUUAUGAUGAGGAUCAAACAUUGAUCCAUAUCGGUAAUAGUGAACUUGAUGCUCACCGUCUUUUCACAUCUUCGUCGGCAGAGUUCGUUGAGCGAGUAACAAACGCUCUUCGUUCAUUAACUAACAUUCAAUUCAACAAUGAAAACAGUUCUUUAAUCUUGGCAGAUGAUUUCAUUAUUCCCCAUGAAUAUCUGUCCAAUCUGCUCAGUCAAAUCGAACAUGGAGGAACUUUAAAUGCUCAUGAAUUAGCGCAAUUUUUGUGCGAAAUUUGUCAAAUCGAAGAGGACGAAAACGAUCGGUCGCUGAUUCUCACAUUUGGAAAACAGAUUUUACGUAUGAAAACAUCCGAUGAUAAUCACGUACAAAUCUUAUCUCAAUGGUUGGAACAACUCAAUUAUCAAAGACAAAUUCAUAUCAACGAAGAAAACGAUGUUAUUAUCUAUCCCAGUCGUCCUCAUCAGCAAAUCUUCAUUAAACAUGAAUACGUCGAAGAAUACAUGAUAGGCAAGGCUGGUUUAACUCAUAUCUCGAUGAACGACCUUGCAAAUAUUUUACUUUUCUACAAUUUCGUUCAAUAUUCAUCGGGGCAGCUAAUAUUUCCUGACCAGCAAAUCGUCGUGGACACCAAUCAAUUAACCUGGUUACAAUCGAUCAUCCAAUCGAUUCGUGUGCACGACAAUACAAAAGAAACCGAAGUCGAGCUUUUCGAUGGGCAGCACACACAAAACCUUCGAAUUCCAUACGAAUACAUGCUUCCGACUGAUCAGCCGCAACUAGUGGCAAGUUAUUUACUUCAAAAUGGAAAUAUCCGCUUUGAAGUGAACACAGGAAACUAUGAAUACGUCUACGCACGACCUGAAGAAAAAGUCCUUUCGGUUGAUCGUGAAAAUAUCGACUCCAUUCGCGAAAAUCUUAUUGAUGAUUUUGUUGAAUAUGUCAACAAUCAAGAUGGAGUUCAUUACGAUAAUACAAAGAAUUCGCUAGUACUGCAAAAUUUAUCGAACGGUUCAAGACUAUACUUAACUCCUGAACACACACAAUUCAUUAAGGAAAACCAAUACCGACGACAAGAUAUGAAAUAUAUUUUGAAAAAACAUGCUCAAUUGAAACGCAAUGAGUCGAAUCAAUGGAUCAUGUACUACAAUAAUCAAUCCAUACCUAUUUCAAUCGAUGAAAAUGUUCUAAGUAAUCUCUCACAACAAACUCCGAACGAUUUACUGCGCCGCUACCAUGCAACGAUUGAAUAUAUGUACAAUCAUGGCUUAAUUACAUGUAACAAACCAUUGAAAUUAGUUCGUUUGCAAUGCACCAAUGAAAUUCUGACUAUCCCAACGGAUUUCCUACGUUCAAUAUUAAAUACCAAAAUUUUUCAUUCGUCUAACGACGACAUACUUCCGUUUACUAGUCAAGAGUUAUCUCAAUGGUUAUUAGACCAUUCCAGUAACAUUAGUCGAUCAUUACAAGAUUUCAUUCAAAUCACAUACCGAAAUCGCCUGUAUCAUUUGCCAUUGAUCUCGUCGAACACUGAAGAUGAAGAUCGAAAGUUAGAACUACUAUUUCCAUUCAAUACCUCCUUACGUUUGCUACAGAAAACUCCGUCAACAACAACGUUAGACAUUCAACAGCCCGAUGAAACAAAUGAUUAUGCGAUCGACCCAUUAUUAAUCUUGGCGAAUUACGUUCAUCGUGCGGGAACGAUCUACCAAGACCAAUUAGGUCGGUUGGUGAUUAAAUUAGACACGAACGAAAUAGUCAUACCUCGUGCGGACGCUGCUAGUGCUAUCGAAUCGAUUAAUACUUCACCACAACGAACUGGUACGAUCAUUGCACGUUUAAUACAUCGCAUAGGCAAAGUCCAGUCAAAUCAGUUGGGUGGACUGACCAUUACCGUUGGUAAAAAGUCGAUUGACAUUUCGCAAGAAUCGAUCAAUCGUACCAGUACCAAUGACUCAUCUUUACAUGCUCAAAACUCCAAAUCAGCACGCAAGUCCUCAAACCUACCUGUCUUACAACAGUCAAAAUCAGCGAAUAAUUUAUCGUCAUUCUCUGAUGAUCAACAAAUCCUCUCCACCAAAGAUAAACGAACUGAUAUAAAACAUCUACCUACUAUUCAACAGGAUAGAACGAUGAGUAAUCCGACCCAAACAUCUCGGCAAUUAAAACCACGUAUAAUUAUUAUACCUGAUAAUGAUUCGAAUGCUACUUCGAAUCGUGCGACACGUUUCUACGUUCAACAUACAUCUGAAUCGAACUCGACGGUGAAUAUAAAUUCCAAUUCCAUCCAACAGACACAACCGCAAUUGAUUACUCCACAAUCAUUUCGUGAUGCAACGCUUCGAGAUGCUCCAGUCUUCGUUCGGCAACAAGGCCGAGAGAUUCACUAUGAGAAUCUCGCGCACUAUUUAACAACAGAACAAGUUGAAUUGGCAUCACAUACCGUUCGUCAUAUGUUGAAAUUCUCAUCUGAUGACGAGUAUUUUGCUUAUUUGAACAAGAAAAUGUCAUCUAGCUAUGCGAACCAACUUGUCCGAGAAAGUGAAGAGAAACCUCGUCGAUCAUCGUCAUCUUCUCACCUGAUCGAUCGACAAACGAGAGCAUCGAACGAGAAUCUUGUUCGAGAUCGCUCGAAAUCACCAGGCAAUUCAUAUAACGUUCAAAAUGGCACUGCAAGACGGGAAAGAUCUCGAUAUCCUGAACGAGAUCAGCGCUAUGCAUUCGAUCGCAGUCUAUCAUCCUCGAGUCGAUCACCGUUGACAACGAGCACAGGUGGUCAUAGUUUAACAACUCCUGAUAAGAAUGUGACAUUGCCUCGCACUUUAUCAGGACAAAGCAAUGAUGGAGAGAGUGAAAGUCGUGCAACCGUUUCGCGCAGCGCUAGUGCUGCUGCAAAAGUAACAAGUAAAUCGGAUACAAUCAAAUCGACAACGUCAUCAUCAGCUGCAUCAAGUCGAGAACAGUCAGCUGUCGCAGCACCGGCUUCGCCCAAUCGUACAAGUGGUAGUAAAACUGCCGACGAUUCAACAAAGAAAGAAAAGAAAUCGAAAUUUCGUACACCGUCUUUUCUUCGAAAACGCAAAGAAAAGAAAGAAGCUGCUGGUAAAGACAAAGCUGAAAAAUGA